AUGCCCGCGACGGCCUGCGAGGUCCCGCUGGAACUCGCCACCCACCUCGGUGGCGUGGAUGCGCUCGAGUUCGGCCCUCGAGGCGCGCCACUCGUCGUCGCGCUGCAGGGCAAGAGCGCAAAUCCCGACGUGAUCGCCGAGUGGGUUCCGGCGGCGCGACUCCUCGCGGGCGCCGGUUGGCGCGUCGUUGUCCCGAACCUGCACUCGAACGAGCUCACCAAGCCAGGCGCGGUGGCCAGCAAAGACGCGACGCAGGUCGUGCGUGACAUCAUCCGGUCCGAGCACAACUGCGGCGCGUCGUGCGCCGUCGUCAUGGGGAAGAGCUGGGGCGGCGGCGAGGCUGUCGCAUUUGCGGCGGCGCACCGGGCGAUGGUCGUUGCCCUCGUGCUGGUUGCGCCGUCGCUCUCGGACGUGUCGCUGCUGCAGCAGGUGCGGGAGAUACCGAUCUGUCUCUUCUGGGCCCGCGAUGACGCGGUCAAGCCCUUCGCCCUGUCCGAGCACUACACCAGCAGCCUUGCGCCAGCCUGCACGCUGCACGCCUCCGACCUCGGAGGGCACCGCGUGCUGCCGGAGUACCUUCCCUCCAUCGCCGCCUGGCUCAGCGAGAGACGGGCGGAGGCGUUGCAUGCGGCGGAGGCGGGGCAUGCGCCCGAGGCAGCAGCAGAGGCAACGCCCGCGCAGGCGCAAGUGCAGGGCGAGGGGCUCGCAAGGCGCUCCGCGGACCACCGUCACUCCGCCGACCUCACCCGCCCUCGGACUCUCCUCGCGGCGAUCGAGCGCCUCGAUCUACUGCACGACUCGGCGGCCGCCGCUGAGGCGGGCGGCGUGCUCCGCUGCUUGAUCCUCGGGGCGGACGCUCGCGAAGGGGCGUCUCUGGAGGCUGCCUGCGGCGUCUUCUCGCCCGCGUGUCUGCUGCUUGCCGGCUCCCCCUGGACAGAGCUGCGACUCACGCUCUGCGGCCCAAACUGCGCCGCGGCGAGGGGCGCACGCCUCACCGCGGCGGCGGAGGCGGCCGCGAGAGCAGCAGCGGCGAGGCCUCUCGGCGGCGGCGAGGGUGGUUGCGAGGGUGGCGGCGAGGGUGGCGGCGAGGGUGGCUGCGGCGGGGAGGGCGCCGGCGAUCGCGGCGGCGGGGAGGGUGGAGGUGAGGGCUGGGAGGGUGCCGUGCGGCUGAACGUGCGAUUCAGCUGCAAGUUGUACCACGAGCUCACCGCGGACGAGCUGGGUGCCCCUCCGCACGUCGCCGUGGCCUUCCAGGCGGGCGUGUGGGGGUACGACACGUGGGCGCCGACGGUCGGCAGCGUCCUGAGGUCCGGCUGCGCUCUGGUGGUGACCUCGUACACUAUCCUCGAGGCGGAGGACGACGAGGAGGCGCUCGCGGCGAUCGGGGGCAUGCGGUGGGCGUGGCGGCCGGAGCCCAACCCGUGGCGUUCGGCCGUGACCGAGAGCCGGCUCAACAGCCGAGGCGACGCGAGGGACCUCGCCGAGAAUGCCGCCUGGCAGUGCGUCCUCGGGACCUCGCGUUGUGACGUGUGAGCUGGACAGAGAGCAGAGUAGGGACGCCCGCGCGGCGAGAGCGCACGUCGUACCAGCCCCCCCGGCUUACUGCCAGCCUCCUACUGCCAGCCU